AUGUCGAAGAAUAAUAGUGUGAGUCCAUCGGAAGAUGAAAAUGAAUUACACAAGCUUAAUGAUGAAGGCCGUAAACCCCUGAAGCUUUUUGACCAAGAGCCUGAUCUCACGCAGGAAGCACUGUCCAAGUUUGAAAACUUGGAAGACUGCAUAUACGCGAAUAAGAGAAUUGGAACGUUUGAGAAUAAUGAUUUCAUGGAAUGUGACUGUUUUGAAGAGUUCUCAGACGGAAUCAACCAUGCCUGUGACGAAGAUUCGGACUGUAUCAAUAGGCUUACUUUAAUAGAGUGUGUAAACAACCUGUGUUCAUCUUGUGGCGAUGACUGUCAAAACCAACGGUUCCAAAAGAAACAGUAUGCUCCAAUAGCCAUAUUUAAGACGAAGCAUAAAGGGUACGGUGUAAGAGCCGAACAGGAUAUAGAAGCUAACCAGUUUAUCUACGAAUACAAAGGUGAAGUGAUUGAAGAAAUGGAGUUUAGAGAUAGAUUAAUAGACUAUGACCAGCGUCACUUCAAGCAUUUUUAUUUCAUGAUGUUACAAACGCGUGAAUUCAUUGACGCCACAGUGAAGGGUUCAUUGGCAAGGUUUUGUAACCACUCUUGUAGCCCCAAUGCAUAUGUCAAUAAAUGGGUUGUCAAGGGUAAGUUACGCAUGGGUAUUUUUGCCCAAAGGAAAAUUUUGAAAGGUGAAGAAAUCACUUUUGACUAUAACGUGGAUCGGUACGGCGCUCAAGCUCAAAAAUGCUAUUGCGAAGAGCCCAAUUGUAUUGGGUUUCUCGGUGGUAAGACUCAAACAGACGCGGCAUCUUUGUUACCUCAGAACAUUGCUGAUGCCUUGGGCGUCACUGUCUCCAUGGAGAAAAAGUGGCUAAAAUUGAAAAAAUUAAGUGGUGAACCAAUAAUCAAGAAUGAAAAUGAAAACAUAAAUAUAGAAUUUCUCCAGUCCUUGGAAAUCAAAUCUAUCGAUAAUUCAGUGGAUGUGACGAAAAUCAUGAGUGUGCUACUGCAGCAAGAUAAUAAAAUAAUUGCAUCUAAGCUAUUGAAUAGACUUUUCACCAUUGAUGAUAAUUCCCUUCGUCAUCAAGCUAUUAAGCUACAUGGGUAUACAUGUUUCAGUAAAAUGCUCAAACUUUUUGAUCCUGAACAGUCACGGCAAGAGGAGGAAGAAAGUGACGUUGAAGAGGACGAUAAAAAGAUAAUGAUUGAAAAAAUAUUAGAUUUUUUGUUGGAACUACCCAAGACAACCAAAAAUGGUAUCGAAUCUUCACAAAUUGACGACGUAAUUAGAGCUCUGUCCUCAAGAUGCCCAGACUUGAAGCCAGAGUGCGACAGAUUAUCGGAGAAAUGGUCUAAGUUUGAAACAUAUAAAAGAAUCACCAAGAGAGACAUCAAUGUCGCAUCUAGCAAAAUGAUAGAUUUGAGAAGAGUGAGAUUACCCUCAGGCUGGGAAAUCAUUCAUGAAAAUGGCCGUCCCUUGUAUUAUAAUGCAGAACAAAAAACCAAACUACAUUACCCACCGACGGGAUCUUCUAAGGUUUUUAGUCCAAGAUCAAGUACACCGGUAGAUCCUACUGGUAGUGGUGGAGUUUCAAAAACGGUUAGUAAUUCAGAUCCUAAGAAACAUAAGCUGAGCGAUGAAGAAUAUGAGAGGAAAAAACAAAAAAGACUUGAAUACGAAAGAAUCGCUUUAGAAAGAGCCAAGCAAGAGGAAUUGGAAAGUUUAAAACAGAAGUUAAAACUCGAGAAUGAAAGAAAAAUUGUUUUGGAAGAUAUCAUAGCGGAAGCUAACAAACAAAAGGAAUUACAAAAGGAAGAAGCUAAAAAACUCGUGGAAGCUAAAGAAGCCAAGCGUUUGAAAAGGAGAAAUGUUUCGCAAUCUCAAAGACUAGAGCACAAUUGGAAUAAAUUUUUCGCAUCCUUUGUACCAAAUUUAAUAAGAGGCAACCCACAAAGUAAACAGUUUGAUCAUGAGAACAUAAAGCAAUGCGCUAAAGAUAUCGUGAAAAUUUUAACUACAAAGGAGCUGAAAAAAAAUUCAUCAAGGGCCCCCCCCAACGAUUUAAGCAAGGAGAAAAGAAAUAAAGUGAAAGAAUUUAUAAAAUCAUACAUGGAUAAGAUAAUCCUCAAAAAGAAGCAAAAAAAGGCAUCAACAUCAGCAUCAGCAUCAACAAGGAUGUCUUCUUUUUCAUCUUCAACAUCAUCAUAA